AUGGGCCGCAACAAGAAGAAGAGGAGAGAUGGUGACGACCGGCGGCCCAGGCUCGUUCUCAGCUUCGACGAGGAGAAGAGGCGUGUUUCUGCGCCGCCAGACAGCCGGCAGCUCGGGUCUCAGAGGCGUGGCUUCGACCACCCUAGCCCAGCCCAGUCCAUCGGCCCGGCACACACCUCACUGCAUGCACACAGCCGCAAAAAGGUCAAGAGGAAACAUCCCCAACGGACCCAGGACUCCAAGAAGCCCCCAAGGGCCACUCGUACCAGCAAGGCCCAGCGCCGCCGUCUGACAGGCAAAGCGCGGCACAGCGGGGAAAGGAGCAGGCAGCGGAGAGCAGGCCUCCCCCAGGAAGAGCCUUCAGAGCCACGCUGGGGCAUCUUCCCAAAUCGCCACCAGGAAUACUUGAAGAUGCUGGCAGAGAGAGAAGAGGCGCUGGAGGAGGCAGAUGAGCUGGACCGGUUGGUGACAGCAAAGACGGAGUCGGUGCAGUAUGACCACCCCAACCACACAGUCACCGUGACCACCAUCAGUGACCUGGACCUCUCAGGGGCCCGGCUGCUCGGGCUGACCCCACCUGAGCCCCUGUGCGUGGAAAUCCAGCCAAGGUUAGCACUGGGCCGCAGAAAAGAGGAGCUGGUAGGGGGAGGCCUACGGGAGGGGUAG